AUGGUGCCGCGGCCCGGCGUGCUGUGGGCAGUGGCCGCGGCGGCGCUGGCGCUGGCGGGCCGGCGGGCGCUGCCGGCGCCGGUGGUCCGCUGCGAGCCUUGCGACGCGCGGGCGCUGCAGCAGUGCAAGCCGCUGCGGCCCGACUGCGCCGAGCGGGUGCGGGAGCCGGGCUGCGGCUGCUGCCUCACCUGCGCCCUGCGCCUGGGGCAGCCCUGCGGCAUCUACACCGAGCGCUGCGGCGCCGGCCUCAACUGCCGGCCGCGGCGAGAGGAGGCGCGGCCGCUGCAGGCUCUGCUGGAGGGCCGCGGUCUCUGCACCAACGGCACGGCGGGCGACGAGCUGCGGGCCUUCCUGCUGCCGGCACCGCACAGCGCGGGAAAUUCUGGUGAUUCAGAGGAAGACAGGAGUACCAGUAGCUUAGAAAAUCAGGCCAUCCCAAACUUGCACAGAGUGCCAGAUUCAAACUUGCCUCCACAGCACAUCAGACUAGAUAUCAUCAGGAAAGAACAAGCCAAAAAUACCCAGCGCUACAAAGUGGAAUAUGAUUCACAAAGUACAGACACACUAAAUUUCUCUUCGGAAACCAAGCAAGAAACUGAAUAUGGUCCUUGUCGCAGAGAAAUGGAAGACACUUUAAACCACCUAAAGAUCCUGAAUGUCUUGAGUCCCAGGGGUUUCCAUAUUCCAAAUUGUGACAAGAAGGGAUUCUACAAGAAAAAGCAAUGUCGUCCAUCCAAAGGCCGAAAAAGAGGUUAUUGCUGGUGUGUGGAUAAAUAUGGACAGCCGCUUCCUGGAUAUGAUGGCAAAGGAAAAGGAGAUGUCCACUGCUAUAACUUGGAAAGCAAGUGAGGGCUGAAUGCCAAGCUCUUCUGGCAUCUGUGUGUGACAGCUGGACCUAGCAGAGACCUCGGAGGGAAGUACUGCAUUUUGCAAGGCGUUAUGGUCUCUGCUUCCUGUCUGUCUCCUGUGGUGGCUGGGGGGAUCCAGGCCUCUGUGGGUUCUGCAGCUGUACCUGGCCACUGAUACGUGUGGAGCUUUCUAUAGAACGUGUAGGGAGCUCUGAAUUCCCAUGAAAACCUGCACUAUUGACACCAAGAGAGAAAGAAAAACACAAGGCACUUCAGAAUGGAUUCAGGGAAUUUCCACUGACCUCUUAAAAAAUGGCUUGUGGCCAAUUUGAUCCUGAGAGAUUGUGGUUUUAAUUUGAAAGAAUUCAUAGAUUGAAAACUUGUUUAAAAAAAAGAAAAUUAAUAAAGCAACUACAACAAGGAAAAGUAACACACGAGGAUUUAAAGAAUAGGGAUUUUUUUUACAGGUCUGACUUAUCUUCACGGGUAAAAUGUUUUAUAAAAAUUUCAAAGAACUUUUUAAGAGACAUAUUUCUAAAAUAAAGACAUGACUAUUUUUUUCUGUAAAGUGUAUUAUGAAUAUUCUGUUAGUCUGUAUUUAAUAUAAUUGUUUUAAAAUAAACUUAUUUAAAUAUGUAACAUAUGAAUACCAAACUAGACAAUAAUUCUAGUGUAUACUUCUGUAUGCAAAGAGAAGGUAAGAAUAUGGGAUGAUUUACAAAUGUGUAUAGUUCCAUGUGUAUACACACUGACCUAUUCUAGAUAUUAGAAAUGAACUUGUGGAGUAAAGGAAGUGUUUCCAGAAGGGAUUGUUUGUUAUAUGAAGUAGGUACAAAUACCAUAAAAAUCUUCUAAAUUUUGUUUAUUGCAUUGGUAUUUCUGAUGUACCCAUCACUGAAUUAUGCCACUGGAGAAAUUAACAGUUGCACUGAAGCUCUCUAUAAAGCAUUCAUUCUUCAUCCGUCCUUAGCUUCAGUUUUUGCAACAAGGCUUUUGUUUUGUCUGUUUCCUUCAGAUCUCCUCAUGUUAGUAUAAAAUGUUUAUAGACAAAAAAUUGCCAUUACAGUACCAGCCUCUCUGUUUGCUGACUUAAUUUUAAAAACUGUGUCUAUUCUGUGUUGUCUUAAUAUACUCUAUCAAAGCACACAUUGACUAUGAGGAGCUUAUGUUUGAUGUUUAAAACAGUGCAAAUGAGGGGAUUAUGUACUUGGCUGUUGAGACCUGUGUGCUUUGUUUCUACUACACGUAAUAGUUUUUCUCCUUUGACUUUGAUAGAAAUUAUUUGCCUGUAUUUAAGAACAGAGUGAGAACCACAGUUUAAAUAUCCAAACCACCUGCCAAGACAUCAUAUGUCCUUUCAUUGAAGAUAGAUGUUUUGGUUUUAUUCUGAUAGGUGAUGCUUUUAUAUAAAGGAGUCUUUGGCAAUUUUGCUUUUUGUUUUGUUUUGGUUGAUGGUUUAUUGAACUUCAUGGGGAAAAAAAACAACUGUAUGACAAUGAAAUCUGGAUAAGGAAGGGUGGCCUGUGAAGUGUACCAGCUCUCUGGAAAGUAAUGCCAUACUUUGUAUAUGUAUUUAUUUAUAUAUUUUAUAUAAAUAUCCU